AUGUUCCUCUUCUCCCGAAAGACCAAGACCCCCAUCAGCACCUACACUGACUCCUACAGGGCUCCUACCUCCAUCAAGAAAGUCUAUAAUGACCCACCUCUGUGGGCCUGGGAACCCAACAAGUUUGUGACCCGGGGCCUGACUGGGACUUUUCAUCGCAAUGUGGAUCAGGAAUCCCUGGAGAAGAUGGUUAAAUGUGCUGUGCGGGACUACACCUAUAAGAGUUCCAUACCAGGCCACCCCUACUUGCCUGAGAAAUACUGGCUCUCUCGAGAGGAAGCAGACAGAUGCAACCCCAACUAUUUGUGUGGUGACUGGGGUAACUCUUGGAGAAUGGGGUCUUGCUGCUGCAGUGGCUGGAACAAGUGUACGACGUGCCUUCCCCGGCUGCCUAAGGAAGCCGGGAUGGAGACAGCAGUUCGAGGAAUGCCCUUGGAGUACCCUCCUAAGCCGGAGCGACUCAAUGCCUAUGAGCGCGAGGUGGUGGCGAACAUGCUGAACUCGCUGUCGCGGUACCAGACGCUGCCGCAGAUCACGCCGCGGUGCGGGUGCGUGGACCCGCUGCCGGGCCGCCUGCCUUUCCAGGGCUACGAGAGCCCUUGCUCGGGCCGCCACUACUGCCUGCGCGGGAUAGACUACUGCGUCUCCGGGGCGCCGUGCAUGGAGCGCCGCCUGCAGCCUCAGUGCCCCAUGCAGCCCACUGAGUGUGUUGCCCUGCGAGCACCGGCCCGGGAUGCACUGUGCUGUAAUAACGCCCCAGCGGCCGUACUACCCUUGUCCGAACCUUAG